GCAGCAGCAGCAUCUUCUCCUCCUGCGGCCACCACCAGGGACUCUUCAGCAACCAUCAAGUCUGGCUGGGAACCGAGGCUUUUCUACGAUGCACAACUCCCACCUGCGGAAAUGCUCGGCUGUGAGAGCUCCUAGCGUCCUCCUCUAGAGACAGCAGCGGAGAAGGUUGGAGGUCCCUCGCACAUCAAUGUCUCUCACUCCGAGUCGAAAGCCCUCCUCAGGUCAGCGCAGGCGCUCGGUGGGCACUGGUGGCGGCAGUGGGCGAUAUUCAAGUGAUACAUCCAGUACACACACCUAUCCUGGUCGGGGUAGGGCAGCAGAGAGCAGCCCCACAGCUCGGACGUACCCUAGUACACCCAGGCGUCAGGCAAAGCACACAGCCUGCAGUGACAACCAUGGGAUCAGGCCCCCUACCCCAGAGCAGUACCUUACACCCCUGCAACAGAAGGAGGUGUGUAUACGACAUCUGCGGGCCAGGCUGAGGGAGAAUGUGGAGAGACUACAACACAGGGACUGUGAAAUAGAUGAGUUGAGGACCCAGCUGUACAGGAUGCAGGAGGACUGGAUAGAGGAGGAAUGUCACCGUGUGGAGGCCCAGCUGGCCCUUAAAGAGGCCCGCAAGGAGAUCCAGCACCUCCAGGAAGUGGUGGAAUCAGUGAGGUCCAACCUCAGUGUCCGCGAACAAGACCCCCACGACCACAAGCCAUACUCAGGGUUGCAGGGAGCUCGGCCGGGGGGGAAGUCUCGCUCCUGUGGCUGUUCCCCAGCCAGCACUUUGAGCCGCAGCACCACCUACACCCGACUGAGCAACGAGGCUCUGCAGCUGGAGCGCAGCUCCAACGCCCCCGAGGCAGGUGGAGCGUCUCGCCCAGCAGGACAAACCCACCUACUCCUGGAGGCGGCCCUCCUGUCAGAGCAGCUGCCGCCACAGGGCCACAUCCGAGGCCCCCCCCCUACCGUGCCGCGCUCCUCCACCUAUGAACGGCUGUGCAGUGGGGGGACUGUGUUGCCAAUGUCACACUCCUGCCACACUCUCAGUAGUAGCUGCAGGUGCACCGGACACACCUACCUCCCCCAUCAUCACCUGUUCCUGCACUUACCUCAGGAGGAGGCCCCAGUAACAGCGGUGAUUCCCUCUGUUCCCGUCAGUGAUCCGAUCCCCACUCCUGCUCCUCCAGCAGAGAAAAAGCCAGAGGUCCGCUCCCAGGCCUGCAGCCCGACCAUGACCUGGCUGUGUGAGGAAAGCGUUGCCGAAGAGCUGAGCGUCAUUUCUUUACCCACAGCAGACAUCACUCCCUCAGAACCACUUCCGUUUCCAUUGUCUUUACCUCCUGCGUCUCCUCCUGAGCAUUCAUGCAGCUUAGCGCCACUACCACCCGACAAACCAGAGGAGGUAAUGGAGAUGCCGGCAGAGCCCCACACCUGCCAGCCACCACCUACAGAUCCUCUGCCAGUGAGGCAGGAUGCUACAGUACUGGAGAUAGAGGAGGACAAUAAGGAGGAAACUGAAGGAGCAAAUGAAGAUGGGUAUUCCCCUCAGCUGUGCCACUGGAGCCGCUACUUCCUCAUCGAUCUUUUGGCUUUGGCGGUGCCUGUGGUCCCGACCAUGGCGUGGCUGUGCCGAGGGGCGCCCCGGGACGUCAUGCCGGUGUAUCACAUCGGGUCCCUGCUGAGAGGCUGCUGCGCCGUGGCCCUCCACUCGCUUCGCCGCCAGAGCGCGGGCAGGGGACGCAGACCUACCAGCAUGAACGGAACAACAACAAUCUGACACUUUACAACUCCCAACCUCUGCAGGCACAGCCACAACCAUGCUGACUUUGCUUUAUCACAUUUUGGUCAUUGCCACGUGUUGGAUAUCUCCUCUUAUAAGAUUUUUAGAUUUCACGUAAUGCCCUUGUGAUUUUUGUGGUCAUGCCUUGCCUUAGAGAACAAAGGAUUAGUUGUACAUUGUUAUAUACUUUGAGUACUCAGAUAUACUUACUGCUACUGCCUGCAGUUUAAGUGGUUUUCUCUUUAUUGCAAUUUGCAUGCAACCCACAGUUUGGUUGGGUUAAAAAGCCCCAACCUGGAUUCAUACGAAAGAGAAGUAGAAGAGAAGUUGUCUGAAUGCUUCUCUAUUUUCAUCAUUGUCAUUUUCUUUGGCAUCAACAACGUCCCAGAAAAUCAGAUAAAUAAAUUACAGUCUAUCACCAGUUGAUUGACUUGUGCAGAAACAGUAAAUAGAUUUGCAGAGGACAAUGAGCACAGGCAGCAAAAAGUGGAAGGCGUUCAUUUUGUACUUCCACUCAUGAAAAUACUGAGGAUGUUUUAAAGCUGUUGGGACUUUUACCUUUUGAAAAAAGUAGAGCAUGUGCAUCGGAUCUAGUUCUCAGGUGCAGAACAGUCAGAUCGUGGAUAUUUUGCCAAUAAACAAACCAUGGGAGUUUAAAACUGUACGGACUCUAUUUCUUUUCUCGAGUUAGGACAUUUACCCUUAAACAUCAGCACUAGUUUUUCAGUUGAACAAUGAAUCACUGACCUGAAAAUAAAAAAUAACAAAAAACCCUGCACUUUUGGCUUUGUCUUGAGAUAUGACUGAGUUAAAGCUACAUAAUGAAGGUCAGGUUGGAAGGAAUGCAAAAGGCUGUGCUUAUAUCUUUUCAGCAGGUCAGCCUCUGUUGCAGUUUGGAUCUAAAAAUAAAGCCUUGAGGUGGGUGUGUGAGCAGGACAUUAAUACGUACCUGAUUUCCACUCUGGCCGUGAAUCUACAGUUCCACAUUUCUACAAACAGGAGAAAAGGAGAGAUAAUUCUAUAAGAUUCAGCUGAAUGAAUGAAGGACUUAGAUGAGCAGUUUUUACUGGAUUCAUAAAGAGAUUAACUGUUUUUGAUACUGUGACUUAUUUUCAGAUUUUACAAGAAACAAAAGAUCUUUGCACGGCUGCAAGAUGAACACUUGAAAAGUUAUUCCUUCUUUGUGUCGGUGUAGGCUGCAGUCAGAGCGCUGCAUUGUAAUUUAUAAUGAUGUACAGCAUGUAUCAUAAAAGUGGCCUUUUUCUGUUGACUGAAGUGGCUCAUUUGUAAUCAUGAUGUACAGUGUGUAUAUGGUGACCAAUUUCAGCCUUAUUAUGCAAAAAUAGCAAUGUUUUAGCUUUCAGGGAUCUUUCCAAUAAGGUUUUACUAGUUUAAGAUUGAGCUUAAGGUAGAAGAACAGCUGUUAGUGUAAAUUCAACCCCUGUGGUUGGAGCAGCACAUAUUGUGGUGUUUGAACUUCUAUUUUCCUAUUUUUGGUUUGUUAAGACUUCGGUUUCAGAGCAUUCAUGUUCAAAGAAAAAGCACUUCUGAAUUUAUAACUGCUUGAUGUCACUUAUGUACAUCUCACUGCACAGCCUGGACUCUAAGAGGUGAAACUGGACUUUCUGUCAGUCUGUGCGGUAUGUGCAAAAUUAAUGAAGCAGUGAUUGACUGUAGAAUAAUUGCACAAGAACCAACAGACAACUGCAAAAUAGCCUGGAUGUUUCCUCUCUUCCUGGAGAAUAAAUGAUGCUUCUGUAUGUCUGCUUUUAUUAUUGUAAGUAUUAAUCUCUUUUAAGGUGAUAGUGAGGUUAAACAGUGAGACUACAAUCAACCAAGGGAAGGAGAAAAAAAAUAACAGUUUGUGUUAAAAGUACUCUUUUAAUGUGUUUAGAGUAAGGAACAGACCUUUUACAUCCACAGCUUGUUACACACAACUCCUUCAAAUAAAGAGAGCCACAAAGCCCAAGAUGUGCCUACAAAUCUGUGGGGGGGGGGCUUACCAUGCAAGUUUAGAAACCGUGUACCAGAGGCUAAAUAUUUUUCCCCUCAAGACCUUCUUUUGGCUUUUUACAAGCAAUCAACAGGACACACCAUGUCCAGUUGUGAGCGUGAGCAAUGAAGUCAUUUAACUCUACAUCUGCAGAGACCUGUUGGCUGUUCAUGGCAAUAAUGUG